AAAGAGUUUUAGGCCAGAGUCCUCGGACUAGAUCACAUGGCAAGCCACGAUUCCCAUCGUCGCUCUAUUGACGACGACAGCUGGCCGGACACCAUCGCGGAUACAGUCUUGAAAUGCUUUGAUGGCAUUCCAAAGAAAGGGAAACCGACUGUUCGCGGUAAAAAGCCAGAGUGGACAGUCUUGGCGGGCAUUGUCCAGUUGCAAAGAGCUCAAGGUAAAACCGCAAAGUGAGACCUGAACCAGAAUCGAUACCUGACACUCAAGAAGACAAGGACGCACACUUAAAGUGUGUUGCAAUUGGAACAGGCCUCAAGUGUUUGAAUAAACGCCAACUUGUCAAGGAUGGUAGUUGUAUAAAUGAUAGCCACGCAGAGGUCCUAUGCCGGCGGAGCUUUGUUAGAUACAUUUAUUCCGAAGCCCUAAACGCUAUGAAGGGUCUUCCGUCUAUCCUUGUAAGAAAGACGGGACAGCAGGACACGAGUUUUCAGCUCGCAAAAGGGAUAAGUUUUCACAUGUAUAUAUCUCAGUCUGCCUGUGGUGACGCUUCAAUGGCAGCUCUUCUGAAAAGUCAAUCAGAGGAAGAGAGAAAAGCGAACGAAAGCAAGGCAUUGAUGUUCCUCGAGAAGAAAAUGGAAACUCCUGCAGCCACCAUGGUUAUCGCGCCUAGUUCAAACCAGGUGCUGCGUGGCAGAGCCGAUUUCACAUCCAUGGGAGUGCUGCGUACCAAGCCAGGGCGUGUCGAUGCGGAACCGACAUUAUCGAUGUCUUGCAGCGAUAAGAUAGCCAUGUGGAAUGUCCUAGGUCUUGGUGGCGCUCUACUAUCCCAUUUUGUCGAACCUCUGUACUUGGAAUCUAUCGUAGUGGGAGAUUUGUAUGAUAGCGAGGCCAUGGAGCGGGCAUUCUGCGAAAGAGUUAGUGGAAUAAAUGACCUUCCUGCACCUUAUAAAGUUACCCGCCCCAAGCUUUUUGCGACAAAUCGCGAUUUUUUCUGGAGCAAGACCAGUGUGUCUAGCCGACAUGAAAUCAAGCCGAUUCCUGCGGAUACAUCAAUCGCCUGGAAUGCAAGUCACCCGAGGGACUCUGAAGCGAUCACCAACGGCCGGCGGCAAGGUUUUGCCGCAAAAGCUGGAACGUGGAGCGCUAAAGCGCGGUCACCAAUAUGUAAAGCACUGCUUUUCGAAGAAUUUCAAAGUCUUCUGGAGAUCAUACCUCUACACGAGCGUUCAAUGUCCCUAGGACAAAUAGAUUUCUCGCGACUCUCAUACCGUGAUGUAAAACGUGCGAAUACGUCUUAUCAAACCGCCAAGGCGGCGCUGUUUGAUCAAAAGUUCCAGAGUUGGGUGGUGAAUCCUGCUGAACUUGAAGAGUUUUAUAUGGAGGUAGUCCCAGUGGUGGGUCGUAAGAGAAAUAGGGAAGAUGAUCCGGAAGAUUCACGAAAUGCAAAACACCGCGACGGAAGUGGAUAGGAUGACUAAAGCCUGGUGCCUCGUGUUAUAAAUGUACAUAGAUGGGCAAAUAUUAGAAUACAACAAGCGCAUCCAUUAAAUUAAGC